AUACAGGAACUGCUGGGCAUACAGACUGUUACUACGGCUCUUUCAAUUCUUAUUAAUUAUAGAAUCUUGGUUCUCACACCAAUCUAUUCAGGAUUAGUAUAUGAAGAUUUUUUUUUCUCUCGAUGAUUUUCUAUUAAAGGAUUUGGUGAUUCUUCAGCCUGGAUAAUGGUUACAGCCGGUGGAAUAAGGCACAGAGCUGAAGGUGGAUUCUGGGAGUGAAGCUUCAGCACAGACAGCAGAUACAGCUUGGGAGGGGGAAUCCUACCCUUUAUACUGGACAGUUCCUAGCGCCCAUUGUGUGAUCUGCCACCUUGCACUGGAUUUUUUUUUCUUGCGACCUGGAUUUUAUUUUAUUUUAACCAUUCAUUGACCCUUAUACAGAGGGUUGGAAAGACAUGUCGGGGAGUCGGGAAGAAGAGCGCCGCAAACUGGCAGACAUCAUUAACCACUGGAACGCCAACCGGCUCGACCUGUUCGAGAUCAGCCAACCCACCGAGGAGUUGGAGUUUCAUGGAGUGAUGCGUUUUUACUUUCAAGACAAAGCUGCUGGAAAUUUCGCCACAAAAUGUAUUAGAGUGUCCAGCACUGCCACAACACAAGAUGUCAUCGAAACACUGGCAGAAAAGUUCCGUCCUGAUAUGAGGAUGUUGUCCUCCCCUAGAUACUCUUUGUAUGAAGUUCACGUUAGUGGCGAAGAAAGAAGACUUGAUAUCGAUGAGAAGCCUCUGGUGGUUCAGCUCAACUGGAACAAAGAUGAUCGGGAAGGGAGGUUCGUCCUCAAGAAUGAAAAUGACAUUCUUCAGCUAAAGAAGGCUCAGAGCAAUGGGCCAGAAAAGCAGGAGAAAGAAGGCGUAAUCCAAAAUUUUAAGAGGACCUUGUCUAAAAAGGAGAAGAAAGAAAAGAAGAGACGGGAAAAAGAGGCUUUAAAGCAAACGACCGACAAAGAUGACCGGUCGCAAAUGAUAGAUGAUCCUGAGAACUCAAGGUUGGCUGCAGAGGUAUAUAAAGAUAUGCCCGAGACCAGCUUUACACGUACUAUAUCCAAUCCAGAGGUGGUUAUGAAACGGCGACGGCAGCAGAAACUAGAGAAGAGAAUGCAGGAAUUUCGCAGUUCUGACGGACGACCAGAUUCUGGUGGGACGCUCAGGAUCUACGCUGAUAGUUUGAAACCAAAUAUACCCUACAAGACUAUCCUAUUGUCUACUACUGACACAGCAGAUUUUGCUGUUAUAGAAGCUCUGGAAAAAUAUGGACUGGAGAAAGAGAAUCCCAAGGAGUUCUGCGUUGCUAGGGUAACACUCCCCCCAGGAGCUCAGCAUUCUGACAAAGGCAUAAAGGAGACUAUUCUGGAUGAUGAUGAUUGCCCUCUUCAGAUAUUUCGUGAUUGGCCGACUGAUAAAGGAGAACUCGUAUUCCAGUUAAAAAGAAGGCCUCCAGACUAUAUCCUAAAGAAUAACAAGAAAACAGAUGGCAAACAACAGAAAGUCAAAGAUAGGGCUGACAGCUACGGGUUCUCAAUUUCACCUGAUAAGCUCCCUUACUUGGUAGAUAUUAAUAUCUUUUUUCCAUACAAUUCAGAUGGCUCUGACUCCAGAGAUAAACCCAAGCUCUACCGCCUUCAGCUGAGCGUAACUGAAGUUGGAACAGAAAAAUUAGAGGAUAAUUCCAUACAGUUGUUUGGCCCUGGAAUACAACCUCAUCACUGUGAUCUUAAUAAUAUGGAUGGAGUAGUCACUGUCACCCCGAGGAGCAUAGAGGCUGAUACAUAUGUUGAUGGACAACGUAUUACUGAGACCACAAUGUUGCAUAGUGGGGUCAAGGUGCAGUUUGGCUCGUCGCAUGUGUUUAAAUUUGUGGACCCUAACCAUGACCAAAUAUUGGGUAAAAGGAGUUCAGACACUGGCCAGAUGGUUAGAGGGCAGAGGAGCAAACCUGGAGUUCAAGAAACCACAUUUGGUUUGGAAGGGGAUGUUCUAAGUGUUUCACCGUUACCAGCAAGCAAGGUUGCCAAUAAAAUGGACACUGAUAGGAUGUCUGGCACGGCAGAGCGGGGCAUGGUCAAACCAAUGAUUCGGAUGGAUAAACAAGAUUAUCGUGGACAAGAUGGCAGAACUCAAGAUACCCAAGGAGUAGAACAUGUAUUGCCUGCAAGCAUCGAAUUCAGAGAAAAUUCGGAAGAUGCCUUCCUGUCGGCCAUUAUUAACUACACUAAUAGUUCCACCGUGCACUUUAAGUUGUCACCUACUUAUGUGCUAUAUAUGGCCUGUCGGUAUGUAUUGUCUGGCCAGUACAGGCAGGAUAUCAGCUCUGCUGAACGUACGCACAAAGUUCUCGCUAUUGUCAACAAGAUGGUGAACAUGAUGGAAGGUGUUAUACAGGAAAUAGACCAGGCUGACCAGAAACAAAAGAAUAUAGCUGGAGCCCUGGCAUUCUGGAUGGCCAAUGCAUCAGAGCUGCUUAACUUUAUAAAGCAGGACCGAGAUCUCAGUCGUAUUACACUGGAUGCACAAGACGUUUUGGCACAUUUGGUUCAAAUGGCUUUUAAAUAUUUGGUCCAUUGCCUUCAGUCAGAAUUGAGCAAUUACAUGUCUGCCUUUUUAGACGAUCCAGAGGAAAACAACUUGCAAAGGCCCAAAAUAGAUGACGUAUUACAUACUCUGACUGGUGCCAUGUCACUCCUGAGACGUUGCCGCGUGAACGCUGCUCUCACCAUUCAGCUAUUCUCACAGCUGUUCCACUUUGUCAACAUGUGGCUGUUUAACCGACUGGUCACGGACCCCGACUCUGGCUUAUGCUCUCAUUAUUGGGGCGCCAUCAUACGUCAACAGCUUGCACAUAUUGAGGCCUGGGCUGAAAAGCAAGGCCUGGAGUUGGCUGCCGAUUGUCAUCUUAGUAGGAUAGUGCAGGCAACAACGCUUCUUACCAUGGACAAAUAUUCACAUCAAGAUAUCCCGAAUAUUAACCAUACCUGUUUCAAGCUCAACUCUUUACAGCUGCAAGCCUUACUGCAGAAUUACCACUGUGCGCCUGAUGAGCCUUACAUACCGACGGAGCUUAUAGAAAGUGUUGUAUCUGUGGCUGAGAACACGGCGGAUGAAUUGGCUCGUAGUGAUGGCAGAGAGGUUCAGCUCGAGGAGGAUCCUGAUCUACAGCUUCCUUUCCUUUUACCUGAGGAUGGAUACUCAUGUGAUGUGGUUAGGAACAUUCCCAAUGGCUUGCAGGAGUUUUUAGACCCACUGUGCCAGAGAGGCUUCUGCAGACUUGUUCCACAUACACGGUCACCGGGCACUUGGACAAUUUAUUUUGAAGGAGCAGACUAUGAAGCUCAUGUGCUGAGUGAGAAUACAGACAUGCCUUUAAGAAAAGACCCGGAAAUAAUCACUGUGACUUUGAAGAAGCAGCAUGGAAUGGGGCUGAGCAUUGUUGCAGCCAAGGGUGCUGGGCAAGACAAACUUGGAAUCUACAUAAAGUCUGUUGUAAAAGGAGGUGCUGCAGAAGUGGAUGGUCGUUUAGCAGCAGGUGACCAGCUUCUUAGUGUGGAUGGACGAAGUUUGGUUGGUCUGUCCCAAGAAAGGGCUGCCGAACUGAUGACCAGAACAGGUUCAGUUGUAACCCUUGAGGUAGCAAAACAAGGAGCAAUAUACCACGGCCUUGCUACGUUGCUUAAUCAGCCAUCUCCUAUGAUGCAAAGAGAUCGCCGUGGCUCAGGGAAACCACGACCAAAGAGUGAAGGUUUUGAGCUUUACAAUAACUCUGCUCAAAAUGGGUCACCUGAAAGUCCCCAGAUGCCUUGGCCAGAAUGCAACGAACCAAAGAAAUUACCAGGGGAUGAUAGAUUAAUGAAAAAUCGUGCUGAUCAUCGGUCAAGUCCAAAUGUAGCAAAUCAGCCUCAGAGUCCAAGUGGAAAAACAGCAUAUGCCACUACCUCAACAGUCAAGAUAACAUCAGUCUCUACAGGAAACCUUUGUAGUGAGGAGCAGCCACCACCUGCCAGGCCUGAGGCCUACCCCAUCCCCACCCAAACAUAUACCAGAGAAUACUUUACCUUUCCAACGCCAAAAUCUCAAGAUCGCAUGGCUCCUGCUCAAAGUCAGUGGCCAGAUUACGAGGAUAAAUUACCUGUGCAGAUGGGGAGCAACCACUCUAGCAAUACUUCCGUUCAGCGAAUUGCUCAUUCCCAAGAGGAGUUGCAAGAUGAUCAGAUGUUUCAGCCAGAAAGAAGUCGCCUUGAGCCUAUGAUUCGCAAAGAUGUCGAAUACAUGGACAGAAAACUGGAUGGUAAAGAUUCUUGGAUGAACCAAAGCUCCCCUGGGGAAUCCAGCACAUCUAGCCAAGAACAACUAAACAAUUCUUCCAAGGGCUUUUCUUCUGGUUCUUUAAACAAAACAGGACCUGGACGAUGGAAAACACCAAUUGCUUCUCAGCCAGCACCAGUUGCUGUAUCCCAGCCUAUUAGAACAGACCUACCCCCUCCACCCCCUCCUCCUCCUGUGCACUAUGGAUCAGAAUUUGAAGGAGUUCCUGUUGACUUACCUCUGCCUCCCCCUCCACAAAGUCAGAUAGCACCAUUAGUCAAUUCACAGGCAGCUGCAAUCGAACGGAAGAAGAGGGAAGAACAUCAGAGGUGGUAUGAAAAGGAGAAAGCCCGUCUGGAAGAAGAGAGAGAGAGGAAGAGGCGGGAACAGGAUAGAAAACUUGUGCAGAUGAGACCUCAUCCUCCUGGUCCUCAACAACCUAUGGCACCAGUUGUUGCUCCCCCUCAGCCAGUGGUUCCACCACCAGCAAUCCAACAAGCAAGACCAGAGAAGCCUGUAACUCUUCCUCGACCUCCAGAAACCGUUAUUCGUGAGCUACAACCUCAGCAGCAGCCACGCACCAUAGAGAGACGAGACCUGCAGUACAUUACGAUUAGCAAAGAAGAGCUUUCCUCGAGUGACAGUCUUUCCCCAGAUCCCUGGAAGAGGGAUGCCAAGGAGAAGCUAGAGAAGCAACAGCAGAUGCAUAUAGUGGAUAUGUUGAGCAAGGAGAUAAAUGACCUGCAGAACAAGCCAGAUAGAACAGCAGAAGACAAUGACAGGCUCCGAAAGCUGAUGCUUGAGUGGCAAUUCCAAAAGAGACUGCAAGAAUCUAAACAGAAGGAUGAGGAUGAUGAUGAUGACGAAGAAGAUGAUGAUGUAGACACCAUGCUUAUCAUGCAGCGUCUGGAAGCAGAUAGAAAAGCAAGGUUACAGGAUGAAGAGCGUCGGCGGCAGCAGCAACUAGAAGAGAUACGCAAAAGAGAAGCUGAAGAUCGAGUUAGGCAAGACGAAGAACGUAGACGCCACGAGGAGGAGCGAGCAAAGCGAGAGCCAGAGGAAAAGAGGAGGCAAGAGGAUGGGUAUUACAACCGCUUGGAAGCAGAGAGACGCAGGCAACACGAAGAAGCAGAAAAGAGAUUGCUAGAGCCUGAAGAUCCUGGUCUGUACAGACCUCCACUCCCACGGGAUUAUGAGCUCCCUCCCCCACCCCUCCUAUCUAACGCUCCGCCUCCCCCACCGCAGCGAAACACCUCUUACCUCAAAACACAAGCCCUCUCCCCUGACACGGUUUACACUGCCAAGUUUGUUGCAUACACUGAUGAUGAGGAAGACACAAACCUAGCAGGUCAGGAUAAGUACUCCAGUACGAGAAAGUCUUAUGGUGACCUCCUGCCAGCUGCUCAUAAACCACAGCUUCCUGCUGCACGCCAGCCUCGCCCUGUGUCAGAUGGCUUCUUUCUUUCCAACUCAUUCCAGCCACCUUCAGCCAAUGCCAACAGUACUGGUUCCAAAACAGGCCUGGCCCCACCCAUACCAAAUAAACCAAGUUUUCUCCAUCAAAGCAACUCCAAAGGACCCAACUCUUACGCUGGAUCUACAGGUGCAAUAGUUGGAAGCAAUGACGUUUAUAGGGAUCUCAGAGACAAGAGAGGCAAAAGCGAGGAUGGGGACAAUGGUACCACAGGCGGUGCACCGGAGAGCCUAACAUUUAAAGAACGCCAACGUCUCUUCUCCCAGGGUCAAGAUGUGUCAAACAAAGUAAAGGCUUCCAGGAAGCUUAUGGAACUGGAAAAUGAGUUAAACACAAAAUGAUCAGGGGAAAAUAAAUAACGAGGCACCUUAUGGAAUCCUGUUUAAAACAAAAAUAUUCCUAAACAAGGGACUUGGGGCUGGUUAAGAAAUGUGUAAAAGGGAGGAAUAUAUAUAAAUAUAUUUUUUUUGUAAAGAGUGAUUUUAUUGUUCAUUUAUUCUAAGACUGUUAAUUCAAAAUAUAGAUUUAUUGCAAUAGCAAGAAGAAUGGUUUCCUUCCUUCACACAGAACUUGGGGAGUUAUAUAUCAGAAGCACUGUAUAAAUGUGAUUUGAAAGGGUAUGAAUCACAUGAAGGCAAUUGUAUAAACAGAUGGUUGAAAACAUAAUGGAACCAAUGGGUGAAUAUUUUUGGAAUGCACGUGUCAAUUUAAUAAAUAUGUAAUGUAAAUCUGUAAAUUGAAUUUCUGAAACUGUGGCACUAAAAUACAAAGGUGAAUCAACUUUUACAAGGGGAGGAAGGAGUCAUCGUUCUCAGUUUAAAAUGAAUUAGAAUUUGACUUGCACAUUGGAACAAACUAUGCCCUAUGGACUUAGCGCCGAAUGUGUCCGAUAAGUUAUGUUUUUCUUGGAGUACCUCUUUCAUGAACUCUUCACUUGACUAAGAACAGAGGCGGAAGAAAAGUGAAAUUAAAACUGUUCUAUUCGAUUCCAGGUGUGCAAAUGUAUAACCUGCAUCUUAGACAUCCAUAGAGAUAUAUUGACAUAUUAAAUAUAUCAGUUUUGUAAUAGAAGAAGAAGAAAAAAAUCAUUUUCUAAAUAAAAUACAUCGACAGAAACUUGGAAUGAUCCCUCAAUGGAUCCUUAUUUGUUAUUUUUAUUACAGAAGGAAAAGAAGUGUCAAAUGAAUUGUUUCAUCAUCUUCCAUAAUCUUUAGAGUUCUAUCAAUAGUAAUUGCACUAGUAGCAGUGUUGCUUUAAACCACUACAAACCUCCUUUGCUAUAUAUAUAUAUAUAUAUAUAUAUAUAUAUAUAUAUAUAUAUAUAUAUAUAUAUAUAUAUAUAUAUAUAUAUAUAAAGUGUUUAUCAUUUAAACAUUGGGAGCACCUGUGAUCCUUUUAGUAAUUUAUUUGCACCAUUUAUUUUGCCUUAAUUUUGGUUUAAUUUUCUUUAUUGCCAUUAAAAGAUAAUCUCUGAAUCUUUGUCCCCAAUGGUUGUCAAAAAACAUUUGUUGACAUAGAGAUUUCCUAAGCUAUUCUGUAGCGGACAUUUUAACUGUUUUAUGAUUUGAUGUGAAAUACCCAAGUAAAUUUCUUAGAUUGCUUAACAGUAAGUGAAAAAGUAAGGCUCUUAUAAGCUGUUCAACUGAUAAUGGGAUUUUUUAAUGCUGUUAAUAGCUGUUAUAAAAAAUUUUCUCUCAGUGAUUGCAGUUUUACCUUUGAAAAAAUAGCCCAAAAGAAAAAAUAUAUAUGUCCUUUUUUGCUCAACAUUAUUUUAAAAAAAUAUUAUUAUUUUUUUUCAUUUUUGUGCAUUGUGGGAAAAUUCAAUCAUUUCCUUUUUUUCAAUUUGUGUGAUAAAAAAAAAAGUUAUUUAACAUUAACUUGUAGUUUGGGACAGUAUUUGGUAUUUAAAUUGGCAAAAAUAUUUUAAAAGAGCCCAGUUCUUAAAGACACAGAAUUGUAUUGCUCCAUAAAAAAAAAAAUGAUCAGAAAAUGCAGAUGGGGUUUCUUUUAAACUGUAAACUUUUACUUCUUUAAUAUUGGCUUUUUUCCAAAAAUACUUUUUUUUAUUUUGUUUACCUACUUAAAGGUACAUUAAAACCUAAUGCUUUUGUGUAAAAAUUGUCCUGUGUCUCACUCUUCCUAGAGAGCCCAAAAAUAAAAUGUGUAACCUAGGUAACUUUUAUUUAUCACACCAGUAUUGCAUUUGGCCUAUCUGUAAAACGUUGGUGCUGACUAUAACAUAUGUUACAUGAUUAUUUUAUUCCUAUGGGGCCAUCUUCAUAAACUUUGCUCUCUGUGUAUCCUUUGGUGAAGAGGAUACCUAGGUAUUUUCAGGAUUUUGCAUGUGUAUUGGGUACUAUUAUGGCAGAAGUGUUUGCAUUAUUGAAAGCUUCUGUCUUAUAGUGCUCAAGACAUGAGCCUACCUAGGUAUAAUCUUCGACAAAGGAUAGCAAGCGAUAAUAUAAAUGAAACUGGAUUCUUUUUUUUAAUUGCGUUCUGGCACAAGAUUUUCUGCACUCCAGUUCUACCCAUACUGCUCUCUGAUGUAAUGUAUACCACAUUUAUUUUAAUUAAAUUUCAAAAUGAAACAAGUUGUCUUCUGGUUAGAGCCAAAGUCAUUAUGAACAGCUUUCAUACAACCAAAUCUCUGUGAAACCUCUUGUGUCCAACUUAAAGGUGGAUUUGCAACUCAGUAUUUAUCAAAUGUCUGUCUGUAUAAUUAAUUUUAUAUGUUGGCCAUUCAGUGUUUAACAAAUGUAACGUUCUUAACUGAAGUCAAUGUUAUUGCCCAUAUGUCACAGAUUUUUUUUUUUAAUAUAUAUAAAUAUAUAUAUAUAUAUAAUUUUUUAAAGGACUUGUGCUUCCUUUUUUUCUGUAUUUAAGGGGAUAGUCGAGUCAAAAUUAAACUUUCAUGAUUCAGACAGAGCAUGUAAUUUUAAGCAACAUUCUAAUUUACUCCUAUUAUCAAUUUUUCUUAGUUUCUUUUGGUAUCUUUAUUUGAAAAAGCAAGCUUACAAGCUGGUUCAUUUUUGGUUCAGCACUCUGGGUAGGGCUUACUGAUUGGUGGUUACAUGUAGUCACCAAUCAGCAAACACUACUCAGGUGCUGAACCAAAAAUGGGCCGGCUCCUAAGCUUACAUUCUUGAUUUUUCUAAUAAAGAUAGCAAGAGAACAAAGAAAAAUUUAUAAAAGGAGUAAAUUAGAAAGUUUGUUAAAAUUGCAUGCUCUAUCUAAAUCAUUUUGACUUGACUGUCCCCUUAAGAUAAACCAGAUAUAAUUAAGCCCACUCUAACUUGAAAAAACACAAUUUGUUGAGGUGUGCGUUUUGGGUUUAAGCAAAGAAUGAUUAUCAGUAAUAAUUCACUUUGUUGCUGCUAUACAAAUAAAAAUUUCUUAGUUAAAAAAAAAAAAUAGAAAAAAAUCUCCAAGCAAUGGGUGUGUCCAUAUUGCUAUAUCCUUGAUAUACAUAACAGCUUUUCAUACUUGUGCAUUAUGUUAUUGAAAACACUACAACUACUGUAAUUUCCAAUUUCUACUGUAUUUCACUUGUAUCCUAUUUUUAAUAAAGUUUGUAAGUAUUUAAAAAUG